UACUGUUGUGUUGAGUGUUUGCUAAAAGCUCAGCACAUAUGUGAAAGGGAGAGAGCGUUUUUGGGACUUGUAGUUAGGUUCCAAGCAUGUCUGGACGUCCGACCAGCUCUAGAGGUGGUCGGGGGUCAGGACGAGGAAACCGCGGGAGAGGUAGGGGGAGAGGUCCCCGGGGUGGUGGCCAGGGUUGGCGCACCCCCGGCGGCACAAGUGCAGGGGCUGAAGGCGAAGCAACUACAAGUCCUCAUUUUACAACGGAUCAACUUGUUGCCGUGGUAAAAGCUUUGUCUACUUCUCUUCUUUCACAAGAAGGCGAAGACCAGUACGAAAAUGACGACGAAGAAGAAGAUACUGGGAACAGAGGGAAACGGUCCUACCAGGAGAAAAUAAGCGCAAGGGAAGGCAGGGCAAUCCGAGAACUGGUCUCCAUUCUGUUUGACAAACCUGGUGAGAUAUCGAUCGUCAAACUGCAACAGAAGGCCAGGGAAAUCUCUCAGCGUCAAGAGUACCAGGAUCCAGGGAAGCUGGCUAGUUUCCUGCAAAAGCACGACUUGUUUGAGACAAGGUUGAACAAAGAUGGCGUCAUGCUUGUCAAAGUCAAGCGUGACGUCACCCUGUGUGGAAAGUACACCGCAUCAACAUGUAAAGAAGACGGCUGCACACAUUUCCACUUGUGUCGUCAUUACGCCACUGGACAGGGCUGUUCUAACGGGCUCAGCUGCCGGUAUUCCCACAACCUGAAAGAUGACCAUAAUAUCGUUGUGUUACAGGAUAAUUUCUUGGAUGGCUUAGCGGAAGCGCAGGUUCUCUCUAUGAUCACCGGAAAGUCUACGGAGGCGUCUAAGGACAAGACAACCCCUCCGAAGCCCCGAAGACCCCCUUCGCCAAAUCAGCGACGGUCAAGACCAGUGUCUCCUGUCAGUGAGCCGGCAUCCCAACCUCGCCAUCCUCCUAGAAUGCCCGAACCUCUUGUUGGUUCUCAUUCAGGCAACUAUCGCCCCAAACGACCCUCUUCGCCCCAUCAUCGUCCUCCCGAUGUCACAGAGCCAUCGCAAAAACGACAGGAGGAGUUAGAGCGGCUGCCGCGCUGCUGCUACUUCUACAACUGCGCGGGAAAGUCCUGCAGGUAUGGCCCAAAAUGCACCGCGGGCCUCCACGUCUGCACGUUCUACCUGACCGGCAGUUGCAGCCGCAAACCGUGCCAACUGUCGCACAACCUCUUCGACCCUCAACCGAGAGACUUGCUCAAGAAGAGCGGGCUACUGGGUAAGCCAGGAAAGUACAUCGUUGGCCUGUAUAAAGAGAAAUUCGAGGCUAGAAGGAAAGAAAAGCAAGAAUCACACAGGUGGCCUUAUGAUUCCUCUUCAUGGUCCUACGAGACCGAUGAAAUGCCUACUAUAUUUAGGUGGCCUUCAGCUGAUGACGUCACAACCGUGCCUGAACAUUGGGAACCAAUGGGAAGAGCGGAGGACGACUUCGUACUUGUGGAAGUUUCCCCCGUUCUGAGAGGAGACGAGAUCAAUGGCGUUAAGGCGCGCUUCCACCAAACCCUGCCAUCCAAAGACACGAAGAUCCACAGCGUCAAACGCGUACAGAACUAUUACCUGUGGGAUCUGUACUGCAAGAAAGAGAAUCAAAUGAAAAAGCAGAACAAUGACGAGUACCCGAAGGAACUCCGUCUCUUCCACGGCACUAACCAGGACGCAGUGUCCGCCAUCUGCCGUCAGAACUUCGACUGGCGCCUCAGCGGUUGUAACGUCGGCCGGCUUCAUGGCCGAGGAAGCUACUUCACCAAGCAUGCAAGUUUCGCGAGCGCGUAUGCGCAACCUAGUCAGAGUGGUCACCGGUUCAUGUUUCUCGCGAAGGUGCUUGUUGGGCGUUAUACAAAGGGCGAUAGGUCCUAUCGUAGACCUCCGCCCUUGAAUGAGUCUGAUCCAUACGGGAAAAGCUACGAUAGCUGUGUCGACCGUCGUAAAAAUUCCUGAAAUUUUUGUUCUUUUUGAGUCGAGCCAAUGCUACCCAGAAUAUCUGAUAGAAUACUCAUAGUAUAAUCAGACAAACAAGCUGUGAUACAAAGAUAUUUUACAUGUAUGAUGAAAUGCAUGACAACAAGCUUUAUUCUUGAUUAUACUUAGCAUCAUUUAAUGACAUACACUUGGAAUUGCAUCAAAGUGAAAAAGCAAAAAGCAACGACUAAUGAAGUUUAUUGCUAGUUCGCGUGAGAGCACUAAAUAAAUUAAACGUGCUGAUAAUAAGAAUUAGAUAAAGUAUACUAGUAAAUAGUUUUAAAUGAAAUCAACAUCUUGGAUUUGCAGUUUUCUCUGUUGAAGUCGUGAAAUUCGUGACUAUGUCAAAGGAAAAUAACUAUACCCAGAAAAGAGACAUCUAUUAUACUGGAAUAUUCAAUGCACUGAAACAGAAUAUAGUAUGAAUAGUUUUAGAUAAUGUGUUUCUUGGAUUUUUAUUGAAAUUUCAAAGUCAUGGAAUAUGUAUGAGCUUGAAUUUGCCUUUUUUCAUCCAUGAAUAUGUCAAAGGAAAGUAAGUAUACACUAAAAAAGAAGCAUCUAUAAUUUGUUACUGUUGGUGCUGUUACAUUAAUAAAUGA